AUGAAUCGUCGUGAAGCUCUUCGUAAAAGCGACAAAUAUGCGAAUAAAUUGGGAAGAGUAGUCGAUGAUAUGGAGAAAAACUCUGCCAGAGAUGAAAAUUCUGCCAGAGAUGAUUACAUUUUGACUUCUGGCAAGAGAUUGCUUCAUGUGGUUCAAGAGAAACAUGAUACACUUCGCUCUUAUUAUCAAAAAUUGCGUUCAACAAAUGCAUUAGAAGGUUUACGUAUACCAGCAAAAGUUAAUAGGAAACAAUCGGUGUCAAGCCGCUUAUCGACGUCAGCUACUUAUAAAAUGUCUACAAGUUAUAAAUCAAGAUCCGAUAGGAAUCGUAAUAAUAGUGGUCAUAAAGAUGGUAGUUCUGCAUCGUCUCAUAAACGACAAGAUAGUAACGGUUCGGUAUCCUACGAUUCAGAUUUUACACCACCAGCGCCAAAAGGUGGUAAAAAAUUGAUAUCACUUUUUGCAGCAGUAUUACGCGGAGGAAACAAUCGUAGUACUAGUAAUUCAUCACUCAAUAAAGACGGUAUAGCACCUAGUACUCCGGUCACAAAUGGAGAAAAAAUAGGAUCAAAGACUAAAAUACCAAGUAUACAAGAUUUUGAAAUCAUUAAACCAAUCAGUAGAGGUGCAUUUGGUAAAGUUUAUUUGGCAAGAAAAAAAACCACAGGAGAUCUUUAUGCUAUAAAAAUCUUGAAAAAAGUAGACAUGGUACGUAAAAACAUGGUAAAUCAUGUAUUGGCAGAACGUCGAGUACUUAGUUUAUCAAGGACUCCGUUUGUUGUAAAACUCUAUUAUGCAUUUCAAAGUCAAGAUUAUUUAUACUUGGUUAUGGAAUAUCUAAUUGGUGGUGAUUUGUCAUCAUUACUUCAAUGUUUUGAAAAAUUUGGAGAAGAAAUGGCAAGGAUGUAUACCGCGGAAGUUGUAUUGGCUCUUGAAUAUUUACAUAAUAACGGAAUUACACAUAGGGACUUAAAACCUGAUAAUAUGCUUAUUACAUCAGAAGGACAUAUAAAAUUAACAGAUUUUGGAUUAUCAAGAAUAUCUAUACCCGAAAAGAGUUCCUUAGCAUUUGUUAAAGAAGAAAAUGAAUCGCCAAAUGGUAAAAAAUCAUUUGCAAAAAGUUUAAGGUCAGGUAGUGUAGAUUCAAGAGCAAGCACGUCUCAUACACGACCAGUUUCUGCAGUAUUUCCUAAUGAAAUUUCGAAGAAAGGAGGGCAUGUGAAUUUUCAAGGAUUGGAUAAUAGUAAAUAUUCAUCAAAAUCAUUAUCAAGUAAUACGGCAACACACAGCACAUCAUCAAAAUCAGCUAAACGGCAAAACAGACAAAGUUCUAAAGCAUUGUUGGGAACGCCAGAUUAUCUUGCACCAGAAUUAUUACUUGGUAUUGGACAUACGACAGCCGUUGAUUGGUGGUCAUUAGGAGUAUGUUUAUUUGAAUUUUUAAUAGGAUAUCCACCAUUUAAUGAUGAUACACCACAAGCAAUAUUUAGAAAUAUAUUAAAUCAUGAUAUACAAUGGCCGCCGGAAGGAUAUUUAUCAGCAGAAGCAAAGGACUUAAUAACAAAAUUAUUAAAUCAAGAUCCCGAGAAAAGGCCUUCUGUAUCAGAAAUUAAAUCUCAUACAUUUUUUAAAGAUAUUGAUUGGGAACAUAUAAGGCAACAACCUGCACCCUUUGUGCCAAAUCCUGAAGAUGAACAAGACACAAGUUAUUUUGAAGCACGGAAUAAUCGAGCUGAUAUUAGAAGAUUGUCAGCUGGUAACAUAGUUGAUAUCGCUACCGGUAAAGUGACAACGCCAGGAGAUCGUAAAUCUGGACAUUUUGACGAUGAUAUUGAAAUAAUAAACAGUGGUGGUGGUCCUAACAUAAGUGGUAAUAAUAACAAUGUUGCCAAUAAUACAGGAACACCUAAUUUAUUAUUACAUACUGUCACCGCAGAACCGAUUGAAAAUGUGUCAUUAAGUUCACCUGUUUCACCUUCGAAAAAUAAACCCGAUUUAACUAUCAAUACACAUAUUCGUGAGAGACGUCCUUCAUCUUUAAAACCACCAAUUCCCGUAGAAGAAGUGCAACAAGUACCUGUUAAACCGCAACAAAAACGUAGACCCUCUUUAUUAAAGUUAGCAGGAAAAUCAAGGAAGCCUUCGAUUAGUGGUAUACAUGAUGGAGGAUUAUUAACUUCGUCGCCAUCAUCAUCCAUAACGUCUGCCACGUUAAAUACAAUACCAAUAUCAGCUUCAACAUUGGUUUCACCGUCAUUUAAUCCUUCAAGACGUUCAACACUUGUUGGAUCACCAACAUUAUAUGAAAUUGAGCCAAAUGCUGGAAUGCAUGAUACCGAAAAAUUUUGUAGUCAACCAAGAAAUAAUCGAAGUGGUGAUUCUUCGGAAUUUGAUGCGUUUCUUUAUAAAGGUGUUUCGUUUUUAGGCGAUGUUAAUCGAGAUUUGUCUUCUGGUACUAGUAAUACUACAAGUGGAAGUAGUUCUAUGAAAAAAUCCUCCAUGACUGAUCUUAAAGCUAAAUAA